GAAAUGACUGAUUUGUUUAUAGGCGUAUCGCAGUCAUCUCUUCUUCAUCUUCACCCAAAGCUCGGAAAAUUUCAAAGGCAGCAGCUCUUUAGAAACUCUGCUCACUACAGAUUUGCGGUGGCCAGCAGUCGUCAGUUUCACUUCAAAGUGUCGAUUUUAGCUGGCGUGGCGUCUUCUGAUUCAAAAGCACCCACGAUCGUUACCAACACCUUCGGUUCCGAAAAGGGAGGAAUCGAAAUCGAAGUUGACACGGGAAACGGCGGAGGGGACAAGUUUGACCACAGGAGCGGCGGCGGCGGCGGGGGAGACGAUAGUGGGAGUAAAGGAGAAGGCGAGUUCUCGGAGGACGGUGGUAAGAGAAAGAUGGCUUUGUCUAUGUCCCAGAAAUUGACUCUUGGCUAUGCUGCUCUCGUCGGAGUGGGUGGUGCUAUGGGGUAUAUGAAGAGUGGCAGCCAGAAAUCACUUGCCGCAGGGGGAUUGUCCGCCGCAGUGCUCUAUUAUGUUUAUACUCAGCUUCCCACGAAUCCUGUUUUUGCCUCGUCCAUUGGGCUUGGUAUAUCUGCUGCACUUUUGGGAGUGAUGGGUUCCCGUUUCAAGCGAUCGGGAAAAGUCUUCCCUGCUGGCGUCGUAUCACUUGUGUCACUUGUGAUGACAGGGGGCUACCUACAUGGCAUGUUGCGGAGUCUGCACUAGUGUGAAGCAGUAGUCUUGUUAUGCUUACACCACAUGGUGCUUUAGUAUACAGCUAUAUAUAAUGCUUUGCCAUGUCUCUUAACUUUUCAAAUUGUGAACUUCUUUUGGGCCAUCA